GCCACAGUGUUUUGUUUCCUUCCAUUUUAGAGUAGAUCAUAGUUUGUCCUGUGUUUUCAUUUUAGAGUACAUCAUAUAUAAUUUUUCCAUUAUAAUUCCACUGGGUCGUUUCUUGUAAGUAGGGUAAAAAUUGUCUUGCCCUGUGUCUCUUUCAAGUCGUCUCAGGACAUGUCUCACAUAUGGUACCACCUAGUCCUGCUAGAGUACCAAUUUCUUGGGUAGAGAACCGCCAAUCUGUCUCGUCUCUCGUGUAAGCCAACGUGUGGUCAAGGUGACCUCGGCUAGAUUUGGAGUUACAAAGGUAGCAUCCCCUAACUCUGGUGCUCUUUCCCACGGCAACAAAUCCUGGAACAUCAGACCGUCUAGUAAACUGAAUAAACACUUCGAAUUAUCCUGAUAAUUUCAAAAAAACUUCGAAUUAUCCUUGAAAAUAUGCGUGUGGUUAUGAAUGUUGACCAUGCAAGAUGGUUCUACUUGGAGGGGUAAUAUUUUAAAGCUGUAGCUAUUAGGUACGACUUGGACUAACCUAACCAAAUCCGCUAGUUAUAUAAUACGGUGUGUUUCGCAGAUUUAUCGAUCGGUAUGAACUAGGGGAUUUUAUUGCGUGAUUCUGUCAUCUGCUCAAUAGGGGUCGAGAGGAUUCGCUGUCAUAAAGGUUCAAAUAUUGCACAAAUUGCUCGACUAAAUUUAGCCUACCAGUAUGUGGCUCCUAUGCAAAGGAGGCUUUGACUUAUUCUAUUGUGUGCUUGACACGCCCUUUUAUGUCAUGAUAUUCUGACGAUAGAGGAUUCUUUUUGGUGAAAAGAGAGCUUUCAUUAAUCAAAUAUGCUAUGGUACAAUUGGCAUCCUGUCUACCAAAUAAGUUCAUUUGUGCCAGUUUGUUAUACCUUCCCAUCCACUUUCUAUGAACCAUGUAAGGAUUUGGAUUCGCCGAAAAGGAACUUCAAUUUUGCAAGGAGGUUUUGAUUGAUUUUUUUUGGUCAUAUCCAGUCAUUCCUAACUUUUGGAUCUCCGUACUCAUUUCACUUCUCUGGUCAAGUUGAACUGCAUCUCAUGAAUAUUCACUCUACCACAGACCUUUGUUUGUCUACUAGUACUAGUUUAGUCCUCCUUUGAAUGAUUGUGUUAGAUUCCAAGAUUUUCUGUGGUUCGAGUGGAGCCAGAUCAAAUCAGACCAGUGGGACGACCACGGCCCCACAAAAAAAAAACAAGCAGGCAGGGCAGGUUCUUGUAGCCUCAAAAAAACAGGCAGGCAGGGCAGAGUAGUUUGAGCAACUUAACAUCCUCUUCACGAGCCAAUCUUCACGAGCCAAUGAUUUAUUCUUUUAGGAAGUUGUGUGCUGGUUAAACUGUACCAGUGUAGUUUGAAGAUUAUCUUGGCAAUUGAGCUCUUGUGCUUCUGCCUAAUGCUCAAGAAUUUAUAAACAAAUCAAGAAAAAGGAAAAGGGGACAGUGGAUGGUCAGUCAAAUAUCAGAUCAGAUCAUCGCUGUAUCAGACGGUUAGUCUGCCAGGGCUCAAGUACCUUGUGGGUCACGACUUGUGCUGAGGCCACAAGGUAAAUGGACAGGGCAGACACAUCAGGUUUUGUUAGUAGCGGAUUCAACGGUGCCUCGCUGCUGCUGAUAUUCUUCGACUUCGUCUACUCUCUCAUGCACAUAUAAAAUACCAGAUCAAGAAUCACCUCAUCUUCUGUUGCCCAGAGAUACUUGUUCCCCAUCCACCACCUUCACUCAGUUAGUUCAUGUUCAAAGAAUAAACAGGCCCAGUUCAGUCAGUGUCUCAGUGUAUAUAGGUAUAGAUGAAUGACGGUUACGCAGAUAUGCGUCACCGUGGAAGCCAGCCCCUGAUGGACAGCGCUGGGGUCUUGAUGUCCGGGCACUUGGCGCCGGGCAACACCACUGUCGCCCAUGGUCAGACCUCAUUUUCUCUGGAUUUCCGGGGUUCGGCAAUGGACAAGUGCAGCCGCGCCAACAGGGGUGUCCAGCGGUCUGGUCGUGUUUCUGCCCAAGAUGAUGCGUGCAGGCUGGUACUUGGACUGGGCCCGUCUCCGGAACCUAGCUCUGUGGAUUACCAGCAGCCUGCCGGAGGAGCAGGCAAGUCGAAACCGCCGGUGACUCUAUUUGGCCGGAGUUUAUCGUUCGCUAAUCCUGGGACAAUCACCCUUGGGCUUCAUGAUCAGGUGGGCAAUGCUGAAGCUAUCGCUCAGCAUUCUGAAGCGCCUGGAGGAAACAUCAUCUCCUUCUCCAGUGUCGACGAGAGCUCGACGUCUGCCAGGAGGAGUUCCGGUGGCUACAUUCCACCGCUGCUCUUGGCGACGAAUCUUUGUGUUGCUCAAGUAGAGGCGCAUGAUGAUCACAAUCACAGAGACAACGCCAAUGAUAGUGCCGAGCAUCAUCGCCCUCAAUUCAGCCCUGAACCUUGUGCAACGACAAUGACAGAGACUUCGUUGGGUGUGAGCUCUGAUGUUGUCAACGGUGCAACUGAUGGUGGACAGCCGGUUCAUCGCCGGCAUCCGAAGAAGUGCAGGUUCAAAGGGUGCUCUAAAGGUGCGAGAGGUGCAUCAGGCCUGUGCAUUGCCCAUGGCGGCGGGCAGAGGUGCCAGAAGCCCGGGUGUUACAAGGGUGCCGAGAGCCGCACGGCCUACUGCAAGGCCCAUGGAGGCGGACGGCGGUGUAUGCAGCUCGGCUGCACCAAGAGCGCCGAGGGAAAGACGGAUCACUGUAUUGCCCACGGCGGAGGUCGCCGGUGCGGAUACAACAGCUGCCCUAAAGCCGCGCGUGGCAAGUCCGGGCGAUGCAUCAAGCACGGAGGAGGGAAGCGUUGCGCGGUUGAGGGCUGCAUCCGGAGCGCCGAGGGGAAGGUCGGGUUCUGCAUCUCCCACGGUGGCGGCCGCCGUUGCCAGUACCCGGACUGCCGCAAGGGGGCGCAGGGCAGCACGCUGUACUGCAAGUCCCACGGCGGCGGCAAGAGGUGCGUCUUCGAGGGCUGCGCCAAGGGCGCGGAAGGCAGCACGCCGCUGUGCAAGGCGCACGGCGGCGGGAAGCGCUGCAUGUACGAAGGCGGCGGCGUGUGCCCCAAGAGCGUCCACGGGGGCACCGGCUACUGCGUGGCGCACGGCGGCGGGAAGCGCUGCUCGGUGCCCGGGUGCGGCAAGAGCGCCCGCGGGCGCACGGAGUUCUGCGUGAAGCACGGCGGCGGCAAACGGUGCAUGGUUGACAGCUGCGGCAAGAGCGCGCAGGGGAGCACGGAGUUCUGCAAGGCCCACGGCGGCGGCAAGCGGUGCACUUUCGGCACGGGCUGCGACAAGUUCGCCCGCGGACGGAGCGGCCUCUGCGCCGCCCACGCGACGCUGGUGGCCUCGCAGUCCCAGUCCCAGUCCCAGCAGCGUGGACGCGGCGGCAGGAGCAUGAUCGGCCCGGGCCUCUUCCGAGGCAUCGUGUCCUCGUCAGCCGCAGCCGCAGCCGCAGCCGCAGCCGGCAGCGGCAUGAACUACGAGUACUCGUCGGGCGUGAGCACGGUGUCGGAGUGCGACGGCUCACCCGUGCCUACGCCGGGGAGGCAGGAGCUGAUACCUCCUCAGGUGCUGGUUCCCCUCUCUAUGAAGUCUUGGUCGCCAUCGUCGGAGUCGGAUAGGCGAAGGGAGAGUGGAGAGUUGUGUGUUCCAGAGGGGAGGGUGCACGGGGGUGGACUCCUCUCAUUGCUCGGCGGGAGCUUCAGGAACGUCAUUGACGUCGACAAACUCUCAACCCGCUAGCUCUGUUCUAAAUUUCUGUCUGUCCAAAUUAUAAUUUCUUCUUAAACCCACAGAAAAUUAAACAUUCUGCACAUCUUACAGUGUUAGAUAUUGGUGUCACAUAUGAACUGUUAUGGCGAAGCUUGAAUUCUUGGCAGGUCCACAAGCUUUUGGGGGCCGUAAUAUGUAAUAAUGCAACGUUUCUUUUGCUGGAUUA